GCCCAUACAUUUCGACCCCUCCUGUUCCGUUCAGUUUCAAAUUGGCAACGAACUGAACUCCAACUUCAAGGCCCGGUCAGCCAGGCAAAAUAAAGUGACGCGCGGGGAACCAGGGGAACGCCACGCUUACUGCAGCAAAGUCGAGGCUGCCCUGCCUUCACCCCCUGUCCUUCUGACAUCAUCGGGAGUUCUGUUUCAAAGUUCCCCGCUCCUCACAACUCUCCACCACAGAAGGGGAGAAAGCCUUGGGCGUCGUGCCACACCCGUGGUUGCCUCGUCGACCUCUUCACCUCCUGACGGGCUGCCCUCCCUCGAUUUCCCCGCAGCAGCUUCAGGAAUCAGGGGGCUUGGUUGUUGCCAUCUUGCCACCACCAAGAUCGCUCGUUGGAUCACACGCCAAGCCCAACGCACGCCAAGGAACCUGGUCUUAUCUCAUCACCGACCAUGGCUGCUUCCCUGGCUUCGCGCUCUAACGCCGUGCUGGCGGCUGGUCUGGCCCAGGAGCCCGUGCUGGCGUCCUCCCAGCACUGCGUUCUCAAGGUCGACGGCUUCUGUGGUCUUCGCCAGAACGUGAAUCUCGCGGGGAGGAAGAACGCCUCGAGGAAAGGGCGGAGCGUCCAGCGCAGGGCUUCCAAUGGCCCCGUGGCGACUCUCAGCGAGAAGGGCGAGUACUUCACGGAGAAGCCGCCCACGCCUAUCCUCGAUACUGUCAACUACCCGAUUCACAUGAAGAAUCUCAGCAUCAGGGAGCUGAAGCAGCUAUCAGAGGAGGUGCGCGCGGAGACCAUUUUCACGGUGUCCAAGACCGGCGGGCAUCUGGGCUCCAGUCUGGGAGUGGUGGAGCUGACGGUGGCGCUGCACCACGUGUUCAACACGCCCGACGACCGCAUUAUCUGGGACGUCGGCCACCAGGCGUACCCGCACAAGAUCCUCACCGGUCGCCGCCACCGCAUGCACACGCUGCGCCAGACGGGCGGGCUGUCGGGCUUCACGAAGCGCGCCGAGAGCGAGUACGAUCCGUUCGGCGCCGGACACAGCUCGACCAGUAUCUCCGCUGGGCUUGGCAUGGCGGUGGGGCGCGACCUCAAGGGGCGGAAGAACAACGUGAUUGCGGUGAUUGGCGACGGCGCGAUGACGGCGGGCAUGGUGUACGAGGCGAUGAACAACGCGGGGUACCUCGACUCCAACAUGAUCGUCAUCCUCAACGACAACAAGCAGGUCUCCCUCCCCACCGCCACCGUCGACGGCCCCGCGCCCCCUGUGGGCGCGCUCAGCAGCGCGCUCAGCAAGCUGCAGUCCUCCCGGCCCCUUCGCGAGCUCCGAGAGGUGGCCAAGGGCGUGUCGAAGCAGAUUGGAGGGCCGGUUCACGAGAUCGCAGCUAAGGUGGACGAGUACGCGAGAGGCAUGAUCAGCGGGUCGGGGUCUACCCUCUUUGAGGAGCUUGGGCUGUAUUAUAUCGGGCCGGUUGACGGCCACUCUGUAGAGGAUCUCGUGGCUAUAUUGAAGGAGGUGAAGAACACGCAGUCUACCGGCCCCGUGCUUAUCCAUGUGGUGACUGAGAAGGGGCGCGGGUACCCAUAUGCGGAGCGCGCAGCAGAUAAGUAUCACGGUGUGGUGAAAUUCGACCCAGCGACCGGUAGGCAGCACAAGGGAAAGAGCGCCACGCAGGCGUACACCACCUAUUUCGCCGAGGCCCUGAUUGCCGAAGCGGAGCACGACAAGAACGUGGUUGCGAUCCACGCUGCCAUGGGCGGCGGCACCGGGCUGAACCUCUUCGCGAAGCGCUUCCCGGACCGGUGCUUCGACGUGGGGAUUGCCGAGCAGCACGCGGUUACCUUUGCGGCGGGGCUGGCCGUCGAGGGCUUAAAGCCCUUCUGCGCCAUCUACUCGUCGUUCCUGCAGCGCGCGUACGACCAGGUCAUGCACGACGUGGCGCUGCAGAAGCUGCCGGUCCGCUUUGCUGUCGACCGCGCGGGAUUGGUCGGCGCUGACGGGGCGACGCACGCUGGCGCGUAUGAUGUGGCGUUCCUGGCGUGUCUGCCGGAGAUGGUGGUGAUGGCGCCCUCUGACGAGGUGGAGCUCUUCCAUAUGGUCGCCACGGCCGCUGCUUACAAUGACGGGCCGAGUGUCUUCCGGUACCCGCGUGGGAAUGGCAUCGGCCUGCCCCUGCCCGCCAACAACAAGGGCGUGCCCCUCGAGAUCGGCAAGGGAAGGAUCCUCAAGGAGGGGACAGACGUGGCUCUGCUGGGCUACGGCACCAUGUCGCUCAACUGUCUGGCGGCCGCCAAGAUGCUCGAGGAGCGGAACAUCUCCGUCACGGUUGCUGACGCACGGUUCUGCAAGCCGUUGGAUCGCGAUCUGAUUCGCCAGCUGGCGCGCAACCACGGGGUGCUGGUGGUGGUGGAGGAGGGGUCGGUGGGCGGCUUCUCGGCCCACGUGCAGCACUUUAUGGCGCUGGAUGGGCUCUUUGAUGACGGCAAGCUCAAGUUCCGCCCCGUCGUUCUUCCCGACCGGUACAUUGAGCACGGAGCACCGAAGGAUCAAAUGAUUGAGGCGGGGCUUUCCUCGGGCCAGAUUGCUUCCACUGUGUUGAAUCUGCUCGGCCGCUCCCGCGAUGCUCUCACUCUCAUGGCCCACUAAGAGGGCAAGAAGGCAACCAUGCUAGUUUUUGCCAGUUGAGUUGGCCCUUACAAAAAAGGGAGUUGUUUUGGUGUACCUUUUUGCUUCUUUAUUUACUGUACAUGGGCAUUACUGUCGUGACACUAGGAUAGCCCUGUCAAACCUCUUCUUUCUCUAGGGAGGAUUCUAGGGAGGCUUUCCUUGGGGAAGGUGGAUAUAUGGAGCCUAACUCUCCUGAGGACAUCCCUUGUCCCAGUGGUUAGGACUCCUGUGUGACUUUGACUAGUACCACAUGUUUGUUUACAAAGACAAAUCACGUCACAUCACAGCACAAAAUGUGUAGGUUGUGGUGAUAUAGUAAACUGGUGCCAGCUUG